AUGAGUGAGAUUCAAGUUGGUGAAGAGAUCAUUAUCACAAUGUCAAGUGAGGAAGAGAGUGUUCUUGUCUUAGUGCAUUGCUCUGGGAAAAUAAAAAAAAAAAGCAAAAAAUAUGGUGUGAAGUUCACUAACAGAGAACCGUUGAGUGUAUUUGUUAGUUCAUCAAGCACUUUGUCGGAUGUGAAGAAUAGCAUCUUGCAGAAGCUUGGGGUAUUUGGGAGUAAGUUGGUGAAGAAGAUUUUCUACAAGAUUCCCAUCGCUGUAGUCUCGAGCGGUGUUCAGUAUGAUACAUUCGUGUUAGCGGCUGACGAAGAUAUUAGGGUUCUGUUUCAUUGCGUAAGGAGUUUUCCGGAGGUCAGAAUACACGAGCUGUAUGUGAAGUUGGAGGUUGCUGUCGAUAGUUCUGGGGCAUUGGCUCCUGUUCAUAGCUCGACUGCCGUAGGCUGUGCGUAUUAUUCGGUACCUGCGAUCUGGCCAUCUGUUUCGCAGGUUGCAUCACCUUCCUUCGUGGCUAAUUUGGUACGAAUGGAGGCAGUUCGUUCUGUACCUUUCCCUAAUCAAGGGGUCCGACAGCAGGCAUUUGAGGGGGAGUCAGGUCGUGCCAUAGUUGAUGAAGUUCAAGGCUUUGGGGAUCCUGAUCGAGUAGAGAAUGCAAUGCGGGACGAUGACUCUGACCAGGAGCCUGUAAAUAUCUUUGGAGACAGCGAUGAUGACACCGGUGCUAAUCCACAUGCACAACAAGCGCUUUCAAGUUCUGGCACACAGCAGUACCCUCCACACUUCUCCACUCUAAACUUGGAGGCUCUGGGUGAACACCCGGCAGGAGUUGCUACAGUUGGGGGUUCAUCUAUAGAAUUUCAGAUUGGGCAAUCCUUCCAGAGUAAAGAUGAAGCUGUUCUGAGUGUGAAGGACUAUAGCAUCCGUCGAGGUGUUGAGUACUGA